AUGUGCAGACAUGGAAAGAAUUUCGCAUUCGUUUAUGCACAAAACAUGCGAGACACGCAGCGCUGUAAUCAGCAGCAACCGAGGGCUUCUGAUAAAAGAGGUGGCCGCUUGCACAACUACAGAGUCACUUCUUUAGGUACCCACGACAGUGCUCUCGCAGCGUAUGAAAGCGGAAGCGUUGCACGACGCGUCUCUCUCUACAAAACUGCUUAG